GCGUCGGCGCUGCCGUGGCCACAGCGCCAGUUUUCCGCCACAACCUCAGGCUGCAACGCCAACUUCGAUCCUACCCCGGGCCAGCAUCGGUAUCGCUGCCUGGUGAAAGGCUUCAUUCAGAAAGUUCUUCCUGUUGCUCAUCGUACUCGACAACUCUGGCGCCCCUCAAAAUGCCUGGUGCGACGAUCGUACACGCAGCCGCCUUCGCCGUCGGCGCGCUUGUCGGCGGCGGUGUCGUGUCUGCUGUAUCUGCGCGCAGGCAGCGUCACCAAAUCCCCGUUGCAUCGGUCCCGGCGACAGCGCCCAUAAUUUCCCCGCCUGUGGUUGACGUGACGCCUGGGGGAGUGACCCAGAUCUCUCCUCAGGCUGCAACGCCUGUAAGCGUGCUGAAGUACGGGAACCCUGGUCCUAUCUCCGACCAGUUGGUUCGGAUAGCCUACGCUGCAGGAUAUGACCGCCGACUACGCCAUCCCGCUUGGGCGGCCGAACAUCUGACACUAGCAUCUCUUGGAAAGUCAGCACUCGCCUCAGCUUCUUCUGACGAGAAGGGCGACCGCCAAAACUCUCAUUUCACGGAAGACCAGUCAAUACCUGCGAUGUUCCGCGCGAAGCUGCAGGACUACUUCAGGAGCGGGUAUGACCGGGGACAUAUGGUGCCGGCAGCAGACUGCAAACUCUCUCAGGCUGCAAUGAACGAGACCUUCCUCCUGACCAACAUUGCUCCUCAAGUGGGCGUAGGGUUCAACAGACAUUACUGGGCAUACGUAGAAGACUGGUGUCGUCGUCUGACCUCUACAUUCGCGGACGUCUACGUCUUCACCAUCCCACUCUACCUGCCCAAACUCGACUCCGACGGCAAGUGGCGGAUUACGCAUGAAGUUAUCGGCUCCCCGCCGAACGUCUCCGUACCAACCCACUUCGCAAAGGUAGUCCUCACAGCAAAGCCAUCUUCGCCCUCCACACCGGACGUUCCAGAGAUCUCGACCGGCGCCUUCGUGCUCCCAAACGCAGUCAUCCCGGACGAGGCUAAGCUGGAGAGCUUCGUCGUCCCCAUCGAGGCGGUGGAAAAGGCCGCGGGGCUCACGCUCUUCUCGGACGCGAUCAAGAAGAACUCAAAGCACAUUUGCAAGACGACCAAGUGCGAGGUCACCGUGAGGAAGUUCGACGACGCACAGAAGAAUGCACAGCGGAAGGCGAUCACUGGGCCACGGUAGUACGACCAUUGUCUCGUAGUAUUAUCAUCGCGUCGAGCAAUAUAGCUGCGUUCAGUCUGUUCAACCACGCUUCGCGACAGCGAUGCUCUAAACCCUGGGUAGCAAAGUAGAGUAGAUGCAGGUACAUUAGGAGUCUGAUAGCA